GAAAACAUGAAAAGAUGUUCUAUUUCAUUUACAAUACAGGAAAUGCAAAUUAAAAUUACAUCGGCAUACAAUCAGUUUUAGCCUCAUAUCAUCAGGUUAUACUAAACGUUUAUCUCCCUUCAGUUCUCUAUUGAUCCCUAAGUAGUAAUUUCUCAUUAGUUCCUUGAAAAUAUUUUAUCUCCACAGUUGUUCACUUUCCAGUCAUACUUCUGUCAAAAUUGGGGAUAUUUCGAUCAGAAAAUAAUCGUUUAUGUAAUAUUUUUGCUCGAAGACUCAAGGUAAGGACGACACUUGGUGCAGGAGUCCAUCUAACCACGUAGGCGUUUGGGAAGAGGGAUUCCCUUCUCUGGAUACUUGGAAGAAGUGUGGUCAAGAAGCUAUGCUUAGUUGGAACACUUCCCCCUGGAGGGUAAAACUGUUACUCCUUGGGCAUUCUGGGAAGAGUCCAAAUGGCCUGCGGAGUUGCGGGCACUUCCGCUCAGGCAGUCAGAUCCGGGGAAUUCUGGGAAAUGUAUUCCAGACGCUCUGUGGAGUCUCGGGAGCCACUGCUGCGGGAGUUACCCUUUAUUCUGUGAUAGUUUGAGUUGUUCUGCGUCUCGUAGGCCCUUCUGAAUUUCCUGGACCUUCUCUAGGAACCCUCGUCAAGCUAGCGAUAGGUUUAGAGGAAAGGAAGCACCGUUGAAAAGCAAAGGAAAAGGAGGGGUAUCUCCAAUUUCCGCAGAAGGAGGGGAGAGUCUUGACUGUUUUGUCAAGAAUGAGUACACAACUAUGGUAUUUCGCAGCAUUGUUUCCACAGCCUGACUUCUCUAAAACGAUUGCAUGGAGGUAGAUGGACUGACUUGUUGACUACUGACAGCAAAGCUCCAUGCACAAUUUCACCUUCACUUGAACUGCUUCAUUCAGAACUCUGCAAAUUCCCUGAAGUAGAAGGAAAAAUGACCACAAUCAAGGAGGCAGUGACCUUCAAGGAUGUGGCUGUGGUCUUCACUGAGGAGGAGCUGGGGCUGCUUGACCCUGCCCAGAGGAAGCUGUACCAAGAUGUGAUGCUAGAGAACUUCAGAAACCUGCUCUCAAUAGGGAAUCAACCAUUCCACCAAGAUACUUUCCACUUCCUAAGGAAGGAAAAGUUUUGGAUGAUGAAGACCACAAGCCAAGGAGAAGGAAAUUUAGGAGGCAAGAUCCAAAUUGAAACUGUUCCAGAAGCAGGACCACAUGAAGAGUGGUCCUGCCAGCAAAUCUGGGAACAAAUUGCAAGGGACCUAACCAGGUCUCAAGACCCCAUAAUAAACAGCUCUCGGUUCUUCAAAGAAGGUGAUGUCCCCUGCCAGAUUGAGGCAGACCUAUCCAUAAGUCAUGUGCAACAGAAACCUUACCAGGGUAAUGAAUGUAAACAGUCCUUCAGUUAUGUUUCUGUCUUUGAUCUCCAUCAACAAUUACACUCAAGAAAGAAGUCUCAUACAUGUGAUGAGUGUGGAAAAAGCUUCUGUUACAUCUCAGCCCUUCAUAUUCAUCAGAGAGUCCAUUUGGGAGAAAAACACUAUAAGUGUGAUGUGUGUGGUAAGGAAUUUAAUCAGAUCUCACAUCUGCAAACUCAUCAGAGGAACCAUACUGGAGAGAAACCAUUCAAAUGUGAGCAGUGUGGGAAAGGCUUCCAUAGUAGAUCAGCACUUAAUGUUCAUUGCAAAUUACACACAGGAGAGAAACCUUAUAAUUGUAAGGAAUGUGGGAAGGCCUUCAUUCACGAUUCACAGCUUCAGGAACACCAGAGAAUCCAUACUGGGGAGAAGCCAUUCAAAUGUGAUAUAUGUGGUAAGAGCUUCCGUGUUAGAUCAAGACUUAAUAGGCAUUCUCUGGUUCACACAGGAGAAAAACCAUUCAGAUGUGAUACAUGUGGUAAGAACUUUCGUCAGAGAUCAGCACUUAAUAGUCAUUGCAUGGUUCACGUAAGAGAGAAGCCAUACAAAUGUGAGCAGUGUGGAAAAGGCUUCAUUUGUAGGCGAGAUUUUUGUAAGCAUCAGAUGGUCCACACAGGAGAGAAACCAUAUAAUUGUAAAGAAUGUGGGAAGAGCUUCAGAUGGUCUUCAUGUCUUUUGAAUCAUCAGCGAAUCCAUAGUGGAGAAAAACCCUUCAAAUGUGAAGAAUGUGGAAAGGGAUUUUAUACAAAUUCACAACGAUCUUCCCAUCAGAGAGUCCACAAUGGAGAAAAGCCCUAUAAGUGUGAGGAUUGUGGUAAGGGCUAUAAAAGGAGGUUGGAUCUUGAGUUUCACCAGAGGGUCCACACGGGUGAGAGACCCUAUAACUGUAAGGAAUGCGGGAAAAGCUUUGGCUGGGCCUCCUGUCUUUUGAAACAUCAGAGACUCCACAGUGGAGAAAAACCUUAAUGUGAAGAGUGUGGAAAGAGAUUUACUCAGAGUUCACAACUUCAUUCCCAUCAGACAGUUCAUACUGGAGUAAAACUAUACAAAUGUGAGCAGUGUGAGAAGGGGUACAACAGUAAAUUUAAUCUUGACAUGCACCAGAGGGUCCACAGGGGAGAGCGACCCUACAGUUGUAAGGAAUGUGGAAAGAGCUUUGGCUGGGCUUCAUGUCUUUUGAAACAUCAGAGACUCCACAGUGGAGAAAAGCCAUUGAAAUGGGAGUGUGGGAAGAGAUCUAUUCAGAAUUCACAGCAUCGUUUACAUCAGAAAGUCUAUAUGGGAGAAAAGCCAUACAAAUGUGAGUGUGGGAAAGGCUUUGGCUGGGCCUCAACUCAUCUGACCCAUCAGAUUCUCCUCAGCAGAGAAAAACCAUCCAAAUAUGAGAACUAUGAGAACUUUGUACAUAUAUUAAAGACCAAGAAAAAAGUCCACAGUGGAGAUAAUCCAUACAAAUGUGAGGCAUGUGGGAUGUACUACAACAGGCACUUGACUUUAUAUGUCAGUGUUCAUAUGGCAGAGAAACUACAGAAGUUUGGGAAGAUUGUCAUGUGCUUCAGUCAUGCCUCAAGUCUUCAACUUCAUCAGAGUGUUCACAUUCAAGAAAAACCUUAGUAAUGUGACGUCUAUGAUAGUCUUCACAGUUACAAGCUUAUCUGAGAGUUCACAAUGGGAGAGACAUUAAAAAUUUGAUACACGUGGUAA